UUGAUGGAAGUCGCCGCGGCUUUAUAUUUAGAAUGUUUUUGAAGUCAGUUGUCGUAAGUGAUAAAAUUAAAAAAAAUCGUUGUGUGUGUAACAAAAACACUUAUAAAUAAGUCCCAAGCUUUAUCUAACGGUGUAAAUGUUAUCUGUAAACAAAAUUGCUUGUUAACCUUACUUUUUCAAAAUGUCUAUUUCUGUUGCAAAAAUUGUAAAUCUACCGCAAGCGGCUUUAAAAUUCUUAGUGAAAGAUGAAAUUGAAGAUGAACCCGUACGAGAAUACAAAACCAUUGGAGGGGUGCUGUCUGAUGCAGAUUAUGCGUGGUUAGCGAGCGGGCCCCGGUUAGAAAUCGUCCAUACCAGGACUGGGAGUAAAGUGGGAGCUUGGACUUUUGGCUGGGUUUUGAAAGACUCGAAUACGGAAGUAGUUUGUGUGGAUGAAAUUCAAAGACCUAACGGGAGGUUGCCAUUGUUGGCUGUGGGUCUAGAUUGUGAUUAUAGUGAUGGCAUGAUUUGUGUCUUUGAUUUUGUUACUUCCAAAAUUAUUAGAGCUAUACACAUAGAGGAUAAAAUUACUAGUUUACACGUUAUUGAUGCUGGAUAUGACGUAUUUACUUUACCAGGUCCUUUGAGAAACUUUGAUGGCAUUAUUGCUGUAGGAACAGCAGGAGGGAAUGUGUUUUUAGUAGAUGUUUGUAGACAGAUCUGUGAUGAAGCGUUAACACCUGGGGGUGUAAAUGAAAUAAGGGAUGAACUAAAUCCAUGUUCACUACAUGACGUUACUUCAAAGGAUUUGGGAAAAAUUGAACACCAGAAAGAAUUUGCAAUUAGAAAUAGUCACCACCUUGCAAUACAUUUAAACAUUGUUUUUGAUAAAUCAACAAAACACUUCAUCCUAAAGGGCCCUAAAGGAGAUGAUCGAAUUCAUGUUAAUAAAGAUGAAGUGGCAGUUAGCGCUUUGUAUUAUUGUCCCCAACUUGGUUCCUUGUUGGUAGGUUAUAAUUUUGGAGCCCUUCAACUGUAUAAUUUAAUGAAUUUAGAACUGGUGUAUACAUCUCCAGUGUGUGAUGAACACAUUCCUAUAUCACAUUUUGCAAUACAGGAACCUGCUGAUGAUCCUCGAGCUGUUUGUUAUAUUUGGGCUGUAUACAGUACAGAUGAGGAAUGCCCAACUUGCUUACCAUUAGCGGUAAUGUAUGCGUUUUGCUACCAAACUAAAGAAUACCAUGAAGGUUAUGGAUGUCUCUAUCAAGAUUUUAGUAGCGCCUCUGUUCACUAUCAAAUGGAACUUGGAGUUCCUUCAGGCCAUAAGAGAACGUCAAAAAAACGUGGGGGUAAUUGUUUAAAAGUAAAUUCAAUUGUGCAUGGUUCAGUAAAUAGGGAAGGACCUCAUCAUGAUUCAAAUGAAGACGUUCUCACGUUGUGUGUAUUUGUGUGGAACGUGUGGUUUAAAAAUAAGGAAACUGACACCUUUUUGGCCAUUUUUGAUUUAAAUCAGUGGUAUAAAGAACAAAUGCCAAAUGUUCCAAAACCGCAAUAUAGUUCGACUUACAUGCUUCAGUUGCAUCUAAACGAUCUAAUUAAUUCAGCAACUAACAAAAAUGCACCUAUUCUAAAUGUGUACACUAACAAAAAUUCCAUACAACAGUUUACAGGUGCUCAAAGAUUGGAAGAACACUUUUAUCCUAAUUCCAUUUCUUUUGAUAUGACGUGUUUGCGCGAAAGCGAUGUAAUUUUUCUUCACAAUUAUGGUGUGCAAAAAGCUUUGUUGGCUCAAAUUGAGUCUUCAGGUCCCUUGUGUCUAGUGGAAUCAGCAGACAUUUAUCAGGAAGUGAUUGGUUUGGGGCUUGUUCCAUUAUUCAUUGACUUGCCAGUUAAUACUCCCGUUUCUACAAACCAGCAGAGGGAAAUCAUAUUGGGGGCGGCUCUUGAAAAUCAUUUAAUGGGCUGGCUGUGCAAGUGUGCUUCAGAAUGGGCCAACGGAAGUUUUCUUUCAGCUGGGUGCUCCUUAGAUUUAUUAAUCAGUUGGGCGUUUCAAAGAGCAGCCACUCUUAAAACUAAUUGCGACAAAUUCUGUACCCCUCUUUUUGAUUAUUCGGAAGCGAGACCCGAUAAUAACACUAACAUCUUACUUAACAGUUGUACAAGGCAGUUGAAGAAUUUGUACUCUUUGUAUACGUUUGUUUUGAAAAAAUUAUCGAAUUAUGUUUCGAAUCUUGAACUAGUAGGGGAACAGUACAAGUCAUUGGAGACUGUUUCAGUAUAUUUUGAAGUUCUGCAGUGGUUACUAAACGUGGGUUUGUUACCAGAGUGUCCCCUUACUGCUUACCCACGAUCUGAUGAUUUAGAAAGGAUUAGUGCUCCUUAUCCCGCCGAAAUGUUGAUCGAUUUCUACAAUCACAGACGAGCGUUGUUGAAGAUUCUCAAUGAAGAAAACUUUGCGUCCUCUGAAAGUGUCCUCUUUAUUGAUGCUUUGAUAGAACGAGAAUGUGGAGGAAAUAUUUUACAAGACCAAUGGCGCAACGAUAAUGGAAACGGUUUAUAUCCACCGUCUUCAUUACAGGCACUAUUGAGGACCUACUUGAUCGAUAAUGUUGAUUUAUCGUACAAACACUCAGUUAUUAUUUAUGUAUUUCUGGACCUGGCAAUGACUUUAGACCAGGAGAGGUACAAACCUGUAAUAACCCAUUUGAUUAAAUUUCCAGCUGUUUUUAAAGUAAGCCCGAGUGUUAUAAAAAUUACCCAAGCGUUUUGGCAGUUGGAUCAUAGUGAUUUUAACACUGCUAUGGGACUUUUAUUAGACCCUCUUGUACUGUCAGAUGACUUAAGUCAGUGGCACCAUAAGGUGGUUUUACGAGCUUUGAUGCUGCAAAAACAACACAACUUUGCCUUGUUGUACGUCCAGGUUAGAAAACCUGUUCUGAAAGAUGACGAUGAUAUUUUAACUGCUAUAAGUUUAUAUGUGGCGAAUAACAUGCUAGACGAAGCGUUCUAUUUUGAGAAACACUGCAUUAAUCAAAAACAGGAAGAGAAAUUUCUUUGUCAUCUUUUCAAUGAAUGCAAGAAAAAUGAUAAACUAAGAUCACUGAUUUAUCGAUCGCUGAAUCCAGCAGACGAGAAUUUCUUUCUCACUUAUCUUACAAAAAGCAAACAGUGUUCGGCUGAGGAUCUUCACGUGUACUAUCACAUUUUGAGGUCCCACUUUAUCGAAGCUUUCGAAAGUCACGAAAAAUCAGUUCCGCACCAAAUCGAAAACCAGGGUUUAUUGGGUCAGGAAAACGCGAUACCUAGGGAUAAGUUGGUCCACAGCUUGAAGAAAUUAUUGCCGGAUGUUAAUCGCAAUCUUUUAAGUCUUUGUCAUAAGGAGAAAAAUAACACAUGGCUGCAAGUUUCAAGACCAACCCCGAUGUCUGUUUUUGUUCAUAAUGUUACCGAAAAUGUGCAGUAUAAGUCAACUCUAGUCGGGGCAGCGUUAGCGAAAGCUAGACAAACUUUUGCGGAAACUGUGACUAAAAAGUUUAGAGUCAAGACUGAAGAGACCCCAUUUUUGCGCACUCCAACUGUGACACCAACCGCAACGAGAUCUUCAGCUGUCAUUGUAAAUCCUAGAGUUGUUGAUAUGGAGGCUGUAAUAGUUGAUUCUAGUUCUCCUCCGUCAGUCAAACGAAUGAGACUAUCACCUAGAGUUAAUAGUUCACUGACCAUUGCGAUUCCGACAAAGUUAGAUACCCCUGUAGUUAAACGAAAGACACCAAGGGGUCGCGAUGGUGUUGAAGAACGGAAAGUGGUAACACCGCACAGUAUUUUGAAGGUGAAGAGUUUAUUGAAUCAUACGGCGUCUAAAACAGAUGGUGAAUUUGAAGAUAAUUUCAAAGAAUUUGAAAAAAUUGAUUACACCCCUGUUCGAUUGUCACCAAAGAAAUCGGGUUUUGGUCUUUCCCCUCGCAGAUCUUUGCCGGUUGUUAGAUUCGAGGGUUUGAGAAGUUCUUCCUCAUUAGAAAAUACAGUAGAAUCAGUUAAAAUUACCCCAGAAAAGAUUUCCAUGUCUCCCGUUGUAAAUCUAGAGAAUUCUUCCAUUCAGUUAAACUCAUCGUCCAAAAACACAUCCACAGAGGACGAAGUUUUCUAUUCCCCAAAUGCUUCGUUUGAAGAAAAUGUUGAUAAAGAGAAGACACCUCCCAAAAUUAGUAAAAUUAAUGAAGAAAUAGCAGUUGAUGAAGAUAAAGCAGUGUCUUUGGAAGUCAGCGUUAAUAAUGACACACAAGAAACAAAAGAAAUAUCUGAAGAAAUAUUAAAACCGGGUCUUGUAUUUUCACCCACGAAAAGGAGAAGUUACAAACGGUCACUAGGACAAACAACUCCUGUCAGAUCGAGCCCUAGAUUGUCAAAGACUCCUACAUUGACAAAUGAUUCACUAGUGUCCUCUCCACGUCGCAGGUCUGUCCAAAAUAAAGAGUCAGUUGCAGUUUCAUUUGAAGAUUCUGUAAAAGAUAAUACGUUUUCGCCUGAAAAAACUGAAGAAAAAGACGAAUCAGUGACCGAGUCUCCAAAUUCUGUUUCUAUUUUACCUAAAUUGCGCCCACGGAAAUCUCUGUGCAGACAGGUUUUAGAAACGAAUGCUCUUAAUAGAGUUUUCAAUUCCCCACUGGAUUCUCCUAGAAGAAGAUCUAGAACUAUGGAAAGUUCUAAAGUUACGAAUAGUGAAGAAGUGACCGAAAAGGUUGUUUUAGAAUCGAAAAUCACGUAUAAAGAUGGAGAAGAAAUUCACCAUGCAAGUUUUUCAAAGAAACAUAAUUUGACUACAAGUUUCCUAGAAUCAGAUGUAGAUAGUUCAGAAGAUGUUAGUAUCGAUUAUGGCAGUGGCGAAGAGUUGACUUUGUCAGAUUCUAUGCAGAAAUAUAUAAAUAGCUCGUAUAAAGUAUCAUCUAGACGUAAUAGUUUGCAUCAAAUAUCAGAAAUAAAAGAAACAAGUUUACCAGAUUCACCUAGUAAAGACUUUAUUGCGGAAACUAGCGUACAAAACGCAGAAUCUUCCGUAGGAGACAUUAUGACGCACAGUGAUGAUAAUGACAAACCUAAUGAAAGUUUGGUGGAGAAAGCCACAGAAGAAAUUGAAGAACAUCACUACACAAUAGUUGAAGAUGCAAGUGUAACACAAGAGAAGAAAUUUGUUGAAGUUAGCAUUUCUGAGCCAGAUAGUACAAGCAAGUUAGAAGAAGAAGAUAUAAAUGACCACCAGUCUAAAGAUAUAAUGGAAGAUGAAAUUCUUCCUAACAAAAGCGUGACAUUUGAUGGUAAUUCUACUGCUAAUAACAGUAAAAGUAUUGUAUAUUCCGUUCUUGAAAGUACUGUGGACGCGUUUUCGAUGUCUUACGACGAAAGCGGCCCGAAGUUGUCCGAUUCUAUGAUACGGUGUAUAAAUGAUGAUGAAGAAAAAGAGCAAGACCCCGAGAAGACACAAAAUGACGAAAUUGAGGUUAUGGAUGUCGAUGAAGAGGUAGAAGUGGUUAAGGAAGACGACAAUAAUGUGCCUAAAGAUGCAAGUAAUGAAAUAGUGUACACCACGUUACAAAACAGUGAACUGAUUGAAGUAGAGAAAGGAGAAAACACAAAUGAGGUAGUGGCUGAGGAGUCUUCAAUUGGAAAAGAUAAGUCGGCGAAAGACACAGAAACGUUCGACGGUGAAUCUGACACCAAUAGACCGAUAGACCCAGAAAUGAACGUCUUCGAAAUUUCCGACGAUCUUAGUUUUAAUGAUGGUUUAAUAGUUGAAAAAGAAUUGACUCUUGAAGAGAACGAUCUGUGUUACGGACAACAAAAUACACUUGAAAAUGUUUUGGAAGAAAAUAUGAGAGCUGUAAGCUCGACUCCACUAAAUGCACUCGAAAACAACGUUUUUAAUGAAAGUUACGAUUCAGAUGAGGAAUCGGUUGCAGAAGAGGAAUCGGUUGCAGAAGAGGAGGAAGAUCAAGAAGAGCCACGGAUAGAUGAAGACAACGAUUCUAUAAACAAGGAAAUAAAUGAUGAUGAUAAGCAAGCAGAAAACGAAGUUAUUGAAAUUGGUAGUUCCAGCGAAGAAGAUAAAAGUGAUAAAAGCAGUGAGACGUCUGGUUCAUCAGAAAGUCAGAAUUCGUUCAAUGAAGAGGGAAGCGAAGAAGAGAAGCUUGAUGUGUCUUAUGAAAGAAAUAUUUAUGAUUCUGAAGAGUAUUCGAGUUCUGAAUCGAACGACGGACGCCAUUAUAGUGAAAUAAGUGAAAAUAGUGACGAUUAUCCAGUGGAAGAGGGUUGCGGAUUGUUCGAAGGUGACAUUGUUUGUGUUGAUGAUGAAGAAGAUGAAAGAAAUAAGAAAAGCGAAAAUAAAGUACCGGAACAAAUACAGGAAGAAAGAACAGAGAGCGAAAAUAGAAUCGAGGGAGAUUCAGAUGAACACAUACACAAAGAAAGUGAUGUUGAGAAAGACGAUAAAUUGUCAGACGAAGUUAUGGAAGAACAACUAGAAGUUACAGCUGAAGAUACUAACAGAAAAAUUAGUGACUGUGAAGAUAAAACAUCGCACACUGUUUCCACAAGUGAUGAUAAGAUUAUAACACAAUCAAACGACGAAGUAAUACAAGAAGAAAAUCCUACUCCAAUGGAUAAAGAAUCAUUUAAAGAAACCCCACAGGAACAAGAAGACACCGAAGUUCAGGAAUCUGAUACAAAAGAUGUUGACACAGAAGAUAAAAUUAUUUCGCACGACGCCUCUGCUAGAGAUGGUUUUGUAACUAAAUGCCCUGAGAAAGAAAUACGUAACGUUGAUGAAGAGAAAGAUACAGAGAAAAUGGAAAGUGCAAUAAAGAAUGCAGAAACUCCAUUAGGAGAAACAGAUAUUUCUGUUGAAAUGGAUGAUCUAAGUUAUUCUGUUUCUGAGGACAAAAUUAUUAGUGAGAAAGAUGAUAUGCAGCAGGGACCUUCAGACAAAGAAGAAAUAAAAGAUGUUGGAGACAGUUGUACAACAGAUAUAAAAGUAGCGGAAGAAAAGGAGAAACACGUACCAGAAGUCGAUCAGAAUAAAACACCUGAAAAAGACAACUGUGAGCUGAAAAUGGAUGUUCAGGAUACAGAAGUGUCUGAAACGACAAUCCACGAAGAGACAAAUGUAGAUGCCACCGCUUCUGGUCCAACAGAAAUUAAAUCUAAUUCAGAGAGAGACAUUUUAGAUAUAACUACGUCCGAGAAGGACAAAAGACCAAGAGCGCGUUCGGUUUCGGUCUCAAGUUCGACGUCUGCCAAAUCUCAAAGGGGUCGUCGCCAAAAAAGCGAAAGCGUCAGCGAAGAAAUUCCAAAGCAGCGAAUGUUAACGCGAAGAACUAGAGAUGUUUUGGAAACUUUAACUAGGAAGACACCCAAACGUGAACCUGACAUAAUUGAACAGUUAUUAAAAACGCCGGAAAGAACUCUCCGUUCGCGGCGGGUUAGUACGGAAGAACCCUCAACUCCAACUAGGACACUUCGAAAACGUAGUGCUUCUGUGGAAGACGCACUAAUUAACACCCCUGAGCCGUCGAAGGAAAAAGACUCCGCAGACAAGCGGAGGGGUCGUCGGGCAUCGUCCGUUUUAAAUUUACCGAAGAUUCCGGAAGAAGACGACAGCACCAAGAAGUCGAAAAGUGUUGUAGAAGGGUAUUCGAUGAACCGACGAAUGACCAGGCAACAGUUGACAAUGUUAAAAAAAAUGGAAGGUAUUGACUACAGUUUGGACUCUUUGGACCCCAUUGUUCUGUUGGAUAAAGUGCCAUUCGAAGGCAAACCAGACCCGGAAGAACAGAAAGUGUAUGACCAUUCGCCGUCAACCACGAACAGCGCGUCAAGUUCUCCUGUGAAACCUGCAAGGAGGUUGAGGUCGGCUUCACAGGCUUCUGAAACGUCGGACAGGUCCAAGAGUAAGACGCCUGUUCGUAGUGUCGGAAGGGCGAGGAAGAAGUCUGUUGAUGAAGAAAGUACGUCGAAAAGGAACCUCAAGGAUAUUAUUGAAAACGCAGAAGAGAACCUAGAUUCGUCAGAACCAAGAAUGACCAGAAGUAGAGCGAAGUCGGUGUCCUCAGUAAAUUCAGAUGAUUCAAGUAUUUCCGAGAACGUGAAGACCAGCAGAAACAAGAGACAAAAAAGGCUUUCCCAAAGUACGUUACCAAAAAUUCAAGAAGAAUCAACUAAAACAGAAAAAUCACCAGUACCGAAAAAGCGAACGCGAAAGAACAGUUCGCAAAUAUAAAUUUUCUUUUAAUUAUUUUUAUACACGUUUUUUUAGCUCUUGUGUAAUAAAUGUUUAUUUUCUUUUGUAUUCUCUUUGUGUAAAUAUUAUUCGAUUCUUUGUAAAUAU